CAUUCCGCACUUGGUGCACUGCCUGCUCGGGAUAGUAGUGUAAGUUCCACACAUUCUAGCAUCACAAGGCCCUUAUUAUAUUUUGUUGUAACUAUCAACAUUUAGUACAGACAUUAUAACUGGCAAUAUGGUCAUUCUUUUUUAUUACAAUCUUUUCAUGCCUCAAUAACAGUGCAGCACAGAAACAUGCAUGUAAUAUUCAUGCCUCAAUAACCAUGCUAUUUGUUUCAUAUAUCUUCUUUCUGGUUAAUUCAUUCAUCCUUAUUGCAGUAUUUUUUUGGCUCCUAACAUUACUUUCUUUUUGUUCAUUUUCCUUUUAAAAUAUAUAUUUCAUUAACUAUUUGUUGGUUGCACUUCCUUUCAUUAUUAGUAGGAUUGCUAAGAAAAUAUACAUAUAUAAUCACUAUUUUAAAUAGCGGGCUAUAGCGGUGCUAUAGCGGUUUUCGCGGAGCUGCUGCUAUGAGCACUACAGUACAAAAUAGCGGGCUAUAGCGGGCUGUAGCGGCGCUAAUAGCGUUUUGAGGGUCCUGUCGCUAAAUCCUAUAGCCCGCUAUUUAAAACGUUUAUAUAUAAUGGUGUGUCCCCCCAUGCAUUAUGUCCUAAGUAGAGGUGUUUCAUGCCAUUAGAACCCACCCAGCACCCUCCUUCCCUUAAAAAAGACAAGUGAGUGUAAUUGAUCCAUAAGGUAUCUAUUAAUAAAAUGGAUAUUACUGUCAUUUUUUUAGUUCAUACAUAAGGCCGUCAUGUGUGUUUGGUUCCACGGUAGUCUAUGUUUCCAAUCACAAAGGAGUCGUCUAUGUUUCCAAUCACAAAGGAGUCGAGAGAUUAUCCAUCAAUUAUUAUAAAAGGUCAACCAAACCAGUUCUAACGUUAUUACCAAGGGAAACUAUUGAACAAGGUCACUAGAUCCUUCUAAAUAGAAUAGCAUAAUAAAACGUGGGUCUUUUGGAGCGAAGAGGAAAAGGGUUAAUUUAGGUGAAAUGUUUAGUAUCAUAUGCCUAUAGUUCACUCAUAGCUUUUAACUUCAAGUUGACCUAUAGAAACUUUUGGUUGCAUCCAAACUCCCGUCGGCUUGGGUUGUGUGAAUUAAUGCUUUUGCGUUAGGUUUGUCGAUUAACUCAUAUCCAUUGAUAGAUCACCUGCUAAUAGCAGAUCAAAUUUCAGUUUCAAACUGUACAGUUGUUUGUGGGCAUAUCCCCUGGCAAACUAUGAUGACACAAAUUAAAGGUUUGUAUAUCCUGACCAAUUUUACUUUUAUUGCAGAGAAUAUAUAGGGAAACAUGGUAUAUAUUCUCCUAUUUUUAAAAUAAUGAUAGUUUGGUUGCAUUACAGACUCAUGGUAUUUUUUACAUGUAUAUUCCGGCGACUAAGAUUUUGCAUAAGGUUGUCAAAGAACUAGGUGGUACCGAACCAAUAUAUGAGAAUGUAUCAUGGCCUGGUUCACAACUAAAGCAUCAUGUCUCUUUCUAGAUUCUAGCUAAAGGCCACAAUGAGGGUAUGGUUAAUAUUGCUAUAUGUAGGUUGUCAAAUGAAGGAACUAGAGAAGACAAUGUCUAUGAAAAUAUAGCACGCGAUGCUCUACAUUUUCUUCAGGAUGAACAUGGUAUUAAUGUUCUUUGAUAAUAAUUGGUUUUUAGCUGAAGAACUAAGAUUGAGAUGCAUUCCCAUGGUUAAGAAUUUGAUUGAGAGUGAAAGCAUUUAUGAAUUUGUACAUACCAAGUGUUUCAUGGUGCUAGAUGUCAUAGAUUUUGCUUCUACCCUUUUCAUGAAUAAGGUGUAUGAAGUGGAAAAUGAACUAAAAAAAGGCCAUGUGCGUGCUAAUAUGGCAAUUGUUUUAAGAGCUUGCACUUGAGAUCUCAAAAGUAUAGGCCAGUCAUCAACUCAAGAAUUGCGCUCACACUAUGGUUCAUACCAUGCUAUAAAAGGGAAUGAGAUCAAAAUUCAUCAAGCCCUAUGCUGAUUAUAUCAAUCUGAAACACAAGGUGGGCAUAGUCAACAUCAACAGUGGUCUAAAAAUUAUUUUAGAUCAAGUGGCAUCCAAGGCAGGUUUUCAAUUGCCUGUCCUUACAAUUGAUCAUGUGAUUGGUGGUGGGUACAUAGGAAAUGUUCAAUUAAAUCCCUCAAAAUGUGCAUCUAUUCCAAAUUAUGUCGCGUGCAGCAAUGUGCAAGGAAAACAGGUAUCUGAAAAAUUUGAAGCUGCCAAUAGUGCCAUGUACCAGGCUGUUGGUUUCAUAUUAGAUACUUAUAGUCUCAGUAUCUUGGAUCCAAACUUUUAUGUAUUGAGUGACCUCAAAAAAGUUGAAGCUGCCAUCAAAUGAGAAUUGCAUGUAUUAGCACAAAGGUCAUCUACGGUUGAACGGAUUGCACAUUGUGCUAUAAAUGAUGUCCAUAGCCUAGCUGCCAAGUAUGAUGGGUCCAUUAGUGAGAAAGAUGCUGAGAUUAACGACGUGCUGAUUUCUAUGUGCAUUGAUCUGUCCAGACAUUUGAAUGCUGUGUACUAGUUUAUUGAUGUUGCAUGGAAGAACUUUAGGGUUUGAUUCUCUCAGUCCAAUGUAAAUUAUUAGUUGCCCACUUUUGAUUUUUUUAAAAGAUAUGUAAUUAUUGUUAUGUGACGUGUUUGCCAUGGUCUGGAGUGGCUAGCCAAGCUAUUUGUUGGUAUGCCCGCUGCCUAGCCGCAGCGAAGGGCUUCGAUAGCUAGUUUCACAUUAAUUAAUGUUUAUGAUACUACUAUUUAACCGAGGGAGGGCAGUGAAUGAGAGUCCCCAGGCCAGCUGUGGUCUUCAAUAGCAUUGCCGGUGGCCAACAACGGCCGUCGCUUCGCAUUCGCAAGAAGUGAGGGGAGAGGAGAGCCCGAUCGUCGGGGAGGAGCAAUGCCGCCGAAGCGGGGUCGAGUGAGGAAGAGAGAUCGGCGGAUAGAUGCGGCCAUCGACCACUUCGUCGCCAUGGGGUACACGGAGCGCCAAGUCCGCGCCGCUGUCACUGCGCUCCUCAAAGUGUACCUGGGCACAGAUGCGUGGAUCUUCCUGGAGGACGACUCCUUCCUCGUCGUCCAGGAAAAGCUCCUGGAGAUGGAGGACGAGGAGAAGAAGUUGCUGCCACUGGAGCAGGCGGCCCAGGAUGUGCAGGAACAACCUCAGAAACAAGAACCUGCAGUGGAUGAGGUAUCACCAGAAAAUAGCAUGCCAGUCUUAGAAGUGCACAGUGCGGUACCAGCUGGGACUCAGUCAUCAGAUGAGGAUGCCGAAGAUCCCAUGGUCAUUGAACCACCUGCUCUUGAAGCUGUAGUGCCACUUGCUGAAGCUACAAGGACUGGUGAAACUAGGCGUCCUUGUUAUGGAUGGCUUAGUGAGUCAGAAGAUGAGGAACAACAAACUAGUCAGCAAGAGGAAGUAGCUUGAGUAGAUGUGAUGUGCAACCCAAUCAACUGAUGGACUAAUGGCUUUAUAUGGUGUUCCUAAUGUAGACAAUCCAUAAUUCCGCAUGUUGUUGGUUAAGGCUAAUCCUCGCAUUGGGAUUGGCAUCUAUCUUUUGUUAAUCUAAAUCAUUGUCAAGAAUGCAAGGGGACAAAGACCAUGUGUUGCUACCUUGAACGAGUGUUUAAUUUUGGAUACUGCUGUUCUGUUCAACUUGGUGUUGGUAUGUGGAAUGUUAAAGAGUUUAUUAAAAUUU